UCUUUCAUAGAAAUGCCAAGGUUAUUCCAAAGCAUUUUCUAUGUUACUCUUCUUCUUCUUGUCCUAAACAUAACACAGACAUUAUGUCACACCAAAGGAAUUCGGCCGGGAAACUCUGCCGGAAAAGUACGCCUGGGCCAGAACAUGACCCGAGCCCAAUUCUCGGAGCAACAAUUCAUGAAGUGGGUUAAGUUUGUCGGGAGCCUCAAACACUCGGUUUAUAAGAACGCGAAGAACAAGCUCUUCCCUUCUUACACACUCACUGUAGAUAAGAACCCUUCCAAGGGAGACUUCACAAAGAUUCAGGAAGCCAUUGAUUCUCUUCCGUUCGUCAAUCUCGUUAGAGUCGUCAUCAAGGUCCAUGCAGGUGUCUACACGGAAAAGGUGAAUAUACCACCAUUGAAGUCGUUUAUAACCAUAGAAGGAGCAGGGGCGGAUGAGACAAUAGUUCAAUGGGGAGACACAGCUCAAACACCUUCAGGUCCGAAAAAGCAACCGAUGGGGACGUUCAAUUCUGCAACUUUUGCUGUGAAUUCACCUUAUUUCAUUGCCAGGAACAUUACUUUCAAGGUACGUAAUGAGCAUUAUAACUCAUCGCUGUCAAUUAAGUAUCCGAUCACCGGUGUAAUUGUGUGAUAAAAUUUGCAGAACACUACGCCGGUGCCGGCUCCGGGAGCAAUCGGAAAACAGGCAGUGGCAUUUAGAAUAUCCGCAGAUACAGCAGCCUUCUUGGGGUGUAGGUUCUUGGGAGCACAGGACACAUUGUACGACCAUUUAGGGAGGCAUUAUUACAAAGAUUGUUACAUUGAAGGCUCUGUGGAUUUCAUCUUCGGAAAUGGUCUCUCCCUCUUUGAGGGAUGUCACGUGCAUGCAAUAGCAACAAACACAGGGGCAUUAACGGCGCAAGGGAGGAGUAGUUUACUGGAGGAGACGGGGUUCUCGUUCGUCAACUGUAAGGUCACGGGUUCAGGAGCUCUCUAUCUUGGAAGGGCUUGGGGACCCUUCUCUAGGGUUGUCUUUGCCUACACUUAUAUGGACAACAUUAUCAUGCCCAAAGGAUGGUACAACUGGGGUGACCCUAAUCGUGAAAUGACUGUGUUUUAUGGGCAAUACAAGUGCACAGGACCUGGGGCUCAGUACGCAGGGAGGGUAUCAUGGUCUAGGGAACUUACUGAUGAAGAAGCAAAGCCUUUUAUUUCCCUUACCUUCAUAGAUGGGUCUGAGUGGCUCAAAUUCUGAUUUUCA